AUGGAAAAUGAUGCAAACGUUGUUAAUAUUGAAGAAGAAGCCAAUGAAGCUGUACAUGAUGCAACUGCUGGUGUAGAACAAGCAAAUGGAGCCAACAAUGAAUCUGAAGCAUUCACUAGAAAGAAAAGAAAGCAAACUUCUAGGGCUUGGGAACAUUUUCGUGAGGUAUCAUCGAAUGGUGGAACUACAAUAAAUGAAUGCAUCCAUUGUGGGGAGAAAGUCAAGAAAUGUAAAGAAGGAACAACCACACCAAUGAAUAGGCAUAUUGAUUUCAAUUGCCCAAAAUUAAAAGUUGUGCAAAAAGGUCAGUUGAAGUUGAAGAUUCCACUUGGAAAAUCAGAUUCAGCAACGGUUCAAAACUGGAAGUUUGAGAAUGCUAAAAUUAGGGAACUUAUUUCUCAUAUGAUUAUGAUUCAUGAGUUGCCAUUUAACUUUGUUGAGUAUGACCUCUUUAAUGUGGUGAUGAAGGAAGCUAACCCAGUAUUUACCAAAAUAUCUCGUACAACAGCUAAGCAAGAUUGUGUUUCUAGUUACCAAAUUGGAAGGAGAAGAAUUCAAAAACUAUUAAAGGCAGUUAACCGUCUACAUAAAUACAUAUUGAAUUUCGUUGAUGUACCUCCACCAUACACCGGAGUUCAUAUAUAUGAUUGUCUCUUCAAGUGUUUGAAAGAGUGGAAUAUUGAGACGAAGGUAGCUUCUUUGACGGUUGACAAUGCUAGAACUAACGAUGUGGUGGUUAAAAAGUUUAUGGAAAACUUGAAUAUCCAAAACAAGCUUGCAAUUGAUGGACAAUUGUUUCAUGUGCGAUGUUGUGCGCAUAUUCUUAACUUAUUAGGGCAAGAUGGUUUAUUGGAAAUUAAAGACAUAAUUCAUAAUGUUCGUGAGAGUAUUAAACACGUGAGUGCCUCUCUGGGUCGAUUACAUCAGUUUUCUGAGCUUUCUAAGCAAUUACUUAUGUCAAAGAAGCAUCUAAUCUUAGAUGUCAGUACUCGGUGGAAUGCCACAUAUGCUAUGUUGUCUACAACACUGGAGUUUAAAAAAGUUUUUGUGAAUUAUGCUGAUCGAGAACCUACAUACAAUACUUUGCCCAAUGAUGAUGAUUGGAAAAAAGUUGAAGAUGAAUGUUCAUUCUUGGCACUUUUCAAUGCGGCAACAGAACUCAUUUCAGGCUCCGAGUAUCCAACAUCCAAUUUAUUUCUUAGUGAGUUAUUUUGGAUAAAAGAAGCACUGGAUGUUGUAGCUUUAAAUGAUGAUGAGUGCAUGAAAGUUGGUGCUGUUAUGGAUCCAAGAUACAAGAUGGAGUUAGUUGACUUGGCUUUCAAGACAAUUUAUUCCGAGGAAAAGGCCAAGGUAGAGAACACAUUAGUUCAAACUAAUUUGGAAGAUUUGUUUAAAGAGUAUGUUGAGGCUUUUAAAGAGCAGGUCGUUGAAGAUAUGGGUUCACCUAGAAAUGUAAAUGUUGGGAAUGGUCCAAGUGGGAGUGGAAGUGGUUCUCGUUUUAUGAGUUCUAGAUUUGGCAACGGUAUCAAGACUGGUAGUGCUAAGUUUGCUCAACAUAUUAGAACUGCUGAUUGUGCUGAAAGUGUGAAGUUAGAAUUGACCACUUAUUUGGAAGAAGGGGUGUACAUUAGUGAGCCAGGUGUGUAUUUUGAUGCUUUGGGGUGGUGGAAAGCGAACAAACUGAAGUAUAGAAUUUUGUCAAAGAUGGCUGAUGAGGUCUUAGCUAUUCCAGUCACCACUAUUGCUUCAGAAUCAGCCUUUAGUGCUAGUGGGAGGGUUAUUGACCCACAUCGUUCUUGUUUAGGAACUAAGACGGUAGAUAUGCUAAUAUGUGGAGCCGAUGGGUAUCGUCAUUACUAUGGGUUAGAAAAAAAGAAAGCCAAGGAAAAUGAUGAUGUCGUACGUGUUGAGCUUACUUGA